GUGCCCGUGCAGGUGCCUACGAGGUGAAUAGGCGGGCAUCGGAUUGGAUAAGAGUGGAAAGGAGAGGGAGUGGGGAGCAAGAAGAAUUACUCAGGUAUACGACUAGAUAAACUCUUGCUGUCCACCCGGCCCGCGCCCAUCGCAGUCCGCCUACGCGAUCGUUGUUCUACGCACAUCUUCCGCCUUCUCCCACCUUCGCUCCCGCUCCACCGCCCUUCCGCGCCGCGGGCACAGAUACACAUACCUACCUACGAGGAUGGCGGCAGCUGGUUUCUUGUCGCUCAUCGGCGGCGCCAAGCGGCUGGUGACGGGCAGCGCCCGGGCCGAAGAGCUCUUCCCGCGGACGCGGCCCGAAGUCGACGGAGAGGAGUGCACGCACGACUGCGACAGCUGCACCAUCAAGUACCCGCGCCACUUCAAGGUCGAGGAGACCCAUCCGCUGUACGGCAACAUCAAGCCCUGGAGCACCCACGUCAUCGUUGCAACCAGCAAGUCCGACUGGCAUAGGAGCGUCGAGGACGAGCGGGGCAGCGUCAUGGAGGCCUUCGGCCGCGCGAGUAAGCCUAGCAACGGCCGCUUGAUGCUCUCCGCCUCCAACAUGCCUACGCCGGACAACACGCCGGACUACUCGCAACCGACGAGUGUGCUUGUCCUCCCGGCCUUCACCGUCGUCGAGAACGUGACGCCGCCGGCGGUGCCGAGCCUCGUCACCAAGUACAUCUCGCGGGCCCCGACGACCUCGGACCCGCUCGAGCCGGCGAUUCGGCUGCCCAAGACGAUCUCGUCCUCGCGCUCGAGCGUCGGCGACAUGCGCGCGCGGCCGUGUCCGCACAGCGCAGUCGUCCUGCUCUGCUCGCACCGGUCGCGCGACGCGCGCUGCGGCCAGAGCGCGCCCCUCAUCCGCAAGGAGCUCGAGCGUCACCUGCGCCCGCUCGGCCUCGACCGCGACCUUGACGACGACCGGCCCGGCGGCGUCGGCAUCUACUUCAUCAACCACGUCGGCGGCCACAAGUAUUCCGCUAACGUGCUAAUAUACCGGCGCCCCAACGCCUUCGGCGUCGACAACGUCCGCCGCGCCGACCUACCCGAAGGCGAGCUACCCGCACUUAGCACACUACCUCCCGCCACCGCCACCGCCACCGCCACCGCCACCACCGCCGGCGAGGGACAGCCCGAGGGACAGCCCGGGGAACAGCCCGGGGAACAGCCCGGAGAACAGGCGGAGGGGAGCGAGGCCACGGGAGAGGCGGAGGGAGCAACGGCCGGCGCGGCCCAAUGCAUAUGGCUCGCGCGCGUCCGCCCCGAGGACUGCGAGAACAUCGUCCGGUACACGAUUCUCCAGGGCAGGGUCGUCAAGGGAGACAAGCAGCUCCGCGGCGGUUUCAACCGCACGACGGGCGCGACGAGCUGGUAGCUUCGGCAACCAACACCACGCGGGAGAGGUAGGCAGAGAGAGAGAGAGAGAGAGAGAGAGAGAGAGAAAAGUUAUGUCUGAGUGAAAUGCCGCGUUUUUCCCCUUUUCUUUUCUUCUUUUUCAUCAUCCCAGGACAUGCAUGGUAUGGCAAGGCAGGGAGGCAGGUCAGGCAUGGGUACGGCGAUCUCUCUUUUUUUUCUCUCGUAUGCGUACGGUAAGCUAGUCAGUCAUCUCCUCGCGGGGACUCUGUAUAAGGAGACGGGGGG